UGAACUGCGAUGGUUGUUUCUUUAAUACGUGUCAUCGCUCAUGAUGUGAAGUCAGUGCAUUACAUUAAAAGCUUCAAAAUGCUAUUUUAUACUAUUUUAAUUUUUCAAUUAUCACGCACAAUUUUAUGUACAGUUGAUCUGCAAUAUUCACCCAAAGAAAAUGAAAACGUGAAAAAUUUAGUUGGUGUUAUAAAGAAAUUGCAUUACCGAUAUUCAUCACAGAGAAAUGUCAAAUGAAUCAAUCAGGGAAAUACACAUGCGACAAAGAAAACAUAAAUUUAUUACUAAAUUCGGAGGGAUUGAUAAAAGAAUUCGAUAACGUGAACACGGAGGACAAUUGUCUAAAGAUUAGUCAGGAUUUAAUUUUAGGUGUAUAUAAUAUCAUAAAUGAUACCAAUCAGGAAAAUCCAAAGGCAAAUUCAUUGAUAUAUAAGGAUAUAUUUAUUCAACAGUAUCCCGAUUAUGUAGACAAACUGUCAUGUGAAAAUCAAAAUGAUGACUACACAGAGCUAGAAAAUAAUUGCAAUGUUAUAAUAAAUAAACUGAUACAUGAAAAUAAUGAAAAACAAUUAACUGUACCGGAAAAAAUAAAUUAUCUUCUGUUACUUAUUUAUCAGAAACUUAAGGAGCACUUUCAAAAAGGUAUAUUUACUUAUUUAAAAGAUAACAUUUAUAUGUCUCUUAUUAAUGUAAAUUUGUUAAGUACAAUAGUUUCGAAUAUGUUCCAUAGAUUUUGCAAACCGACUCCGUUAAUUCUUCACUAUUUGAGUAAUAGAAAUAUUAAUGAUAAAAAUCUGUUUACUUUGUAUUUUACAUUGUGCGGAGAUUAUAUCGGAUUUUUUAUCGAUCGUUGCGCUGUCAAAAUGACGAACAUAUAUGAGGACAUCACGUUAAACGCGGAAUGCGUGAUGCAAUCGUUCAUCGAUAAGUUAUCAGUAAAUAUCGAAAAGAUCACUCCAUUAAAUAUCAUUUUUGGUAUGGUUCAGGAGAACCCUACGAAGGAUAGUAUGAAAUCAAUUGUUGAAAAUAUUUAUAACGCCAUGAAAAAGAGUUACAAAGCUAGUUUUUUGUGGACCAACUAUGAUUGGUUGAGUGCGAAGUAUUUUUUUCGAAACAAUCAUAAGUCUCUCGCUAUGAAUAAUUUAAAGGAACGCACUGUGUUAUUUGACAGAACACCAAUGAAUCUCCUCGAGAUAUACACUUAUUUAUUGCCAUUCGAUCAGAACAUGAGAACAGUAUUUUUUUUCCACAAUAUGCUCAUACUUACGGUCGAAUGCAUUCUGAACACGUUUGUUUAUCGACAUGCAAAACUAACUAUUAUGUAUUUUAAUUUGAGUGAUAAAGGAUCC